AUGGAGGACUGGGGCUCUGGGAACGUCACGGCCACAGUGGGAGAGUCUGGGCAGUGCAUCUGCCAUGUGUACCUGCCCGACACUACAUUCCCUGCGGACCGUGUUGGGAAUGCGGAAGUAUCUUCGAAUAAGCUAGCUGCUGAUGUGGAGCUCCAUAUUAACAAGCUCAAUAUUUUCAAAGGCCAGCUGGUUAUUCUUCUUGAGGAGCUCAAGAACCUGACUGGCCGUGUGGAGGUACUGGAAAGUGGGCCUGACAAGUAUAUCAAACUGGAGUUUGAGCUCCUGAGGAUCGAGCUGCGGGAAUUUGAGGCACUGGUCACACAGCUGAAGACAUCCCUCAACUCCUCUUCCCCAGCCUUUGAUAGCCUUUACAUUGAGAUUCGCAAUAUGAGCUUGAUUGUGGAUCAGCUGGAAAGCUAUGACAAGAGCAACUUAGAGGUCAUCCGCAUUGAGUUUGCCAAACUCCAAAAGAAGCUGGAGAAAUGCCAGGAUAGACAGGAAAACUUCUCAAAUGCAGAAAUUGGUUCCUGCAAGCAUGGAGGCAUUCUAAGAGUUGGCAAACCUGUAGUUAGUCAGUUGAAUGCCAACCUGGCCUCUAACUACAAUUAUGGAGGAUGGGGAAAAGAUUCUAAGCCACUGCCUGGUUUUGAGCAGAUGUACUGGUACUAUGCUUAUUCUGACAGACAGUUAAGAAGAAUUCAUGUUUAUGCAGACUACUACAGUCUGAUCAUGAGACAAACAAUGAAAACAUAUGAGCUCUAUAUAAAUACUGCAAAGGACUGGCAGGGCACAGGUAACAAUUAUAUUGUACAUGGUAACACCUUUUAUUAUCAGUACAGAAACCCUUUCAGCAUGGCAAAGUACAAUAUGACCACACAGACAGCAGUGUACAGGGUGGUGCCAAAGGCAAGCAACAGAUUCUCCUACCACUAUUCACCCGAUCAGAACUUAGACUUUGCAGCCGACGAGACUGGAUUAUGGGUAACGUAUGCUACAGAGGAGUCAAGGGGUAAACUGGUGUUGGGUAAGAUAGAUGAGGAAUCAUUUGCGCUGGCAGAGGUUUGGGAGACCACCAUAUUCAAACAGUCUGUGACUAAUGCCUUCAUGAUCUGUGGCAUCCUUUAUGCUACAAGAUCGGUAGACACCCACACAGAGGAGAUCUUCUAUGCUUAUGACACCCACACAGGAAAGGAGAACUAUGUAAGCCUUCCGUUUGAAAAGUUUCAGAGUUUCUAUGUUAACCUGGAUUAUAACCCUACAGAUCAGAAACUUUACAUGUACAAUAAUGGUUAUUAUGUCUCAUACAAUGUGAAGUUCAAGAGUGCCUAA